CAUUCCAAAAAUGGAAUUAAAGACUCCAUUUAAGUCAGUGUGGAUAUUAUAGGCAGAAAUAUAAGGUAGUUCAAAGAAUUACAAAUCAAAUUCAAUGCUCCAUCUGUUUUACUCAUUGUAAUGUAACCAAGUUACAUAAAUUAGCAUAACAGACAAACACUUGUGUUGUUGUAAUGUAAUGCAAGACAGCACUAUUUCAAAACAAAUGCCAACUAGACAUGAAUGAAAAAUAUAAGGUAUAUGCUAACAUUAGCAAUAGAAUUCUCUCUCACAAAUGACACCUACAUUCUUUCCUUUGUUCAUCAUAUAUGAAAUUGUUCUCAAACUUCUUAAUGAGGUGUGAACAAACAUCAAGCAAAGAAAUGUUUCACCAAAUGGCACUGACUCCCAGGCACUGAUUAUCAGGCAAGAGAUCAGCAUAAUAACUCAGUGAAUGUCUGGAAAGGUACUGAUAUUAGACAGGUUGGGUGUUGAAUCUUUAUAAUUCCAGGCACUUUUGGAUUUUGCGUGAUGACAUAUUCUCAAAAUGACAGGAAUAACAGGAAGUUUGAGAAGAUUUUGUAAACAUGACUGUCAUACAAUAAUAUAUGGACAACAGAGAGAAAGUUCAACCCUCUCUCCAUGUUUAAUGUGAGACUUCCCUUCCCUACACUAGACAAUGGAAGACAUAAUGUUCCCUGAUUAAAUUCAAAGUUUGAAUGAUAUGUAACAUUUGCGACCUUCUCAACUCUUGUCUUAUCAUGGAAGUUCUGAGUAAAUCCAUUGUUUUCAUACAUAUGGCUGUUGACACUUGGUCUGUUCCAAGGUGUCCAGGAGAAGAUUGUCCUUGGGAUUUAUGCAAUGUACAUGAAUGAAAUCAUGCCACCUGAGUAUGGAAACCAUGAUGUCCAAAAUAUGUUUUCAGAAAUGUGUUGAUCAAAAGUUUUCAGACCUCAGAUGUAGAGCUUGAGGCCAGAAUUUUCUGUAUGUAUCCAGGGAACAUGGCAUAGGAUAAAUGGAAAGGAACUGUUGAAUAUAAUUAAGUGGAUCUCCAGACAACAUUAUCCUUAAAACAAACAGUUAUAAAUAUGUGUGUGAUAUUUGUCUCCAUAAGAAACAUAUUUUACAAUUGCUCCAUCUUAGAUUUUAGCACACAUGAAGAAAAUGUGUUCUUUAACUAUGUCAUUUUUGUUUCUGAAGUUUUCUCUCAUCUUGUGCUGUUUGACAGAACCCAUUUGCUUUUGGAGGAUAAAAAGUAGUGAAUAUAAUGAUGAAAAUUUGCAAAGUGAGUGUGGUUAUUUCCUUUGGACCAUGAAGAAACUUAUGAAAGAUGAUUUUUAUAAUGUAAGAUUGGAUUUUAGAAUGCCAGCAAGAGAAUACGAGUUUGUUCUGGUAAUGUUUUUUGCUACUGAUGAGAUCAACAAGAAUCCUGAUCUUUUACCAAACACAUCUUUGGUAUUCUCUGUCAUGGCUGAUAAAUGUCAAGAUUCAUUGGGAAUUCUGGAUUUAAAAUAUAUGCUAGUAAAUGACACUCUGAAUUAUGUUAAUUAUGUCUGUGAAGCAGAUGAUUCAUGUGCCAUAGGCCUUACAGGACCAUCAUGGAAAGCAUCCUUAAAACUGGCAAUUGAUACUUGGGCACCAAAGGUUUUCUUUGGACCAUUUAAUCCUAACCUGAGUGACCAUGACCGUUUUCCCAAUGUCCAUCAGAUAGCCACCAAGGACACACAUUUGUCCCAUGGCAUGGUCUCCUUGAUGCUUCACUUUAGAUGGACUUGGAUAGGACUGGUCAUCUCAGAUGAUGACCAGGGUGUUCAGCUUCAUUCAGAUUUAAGAGAAGAAAGCCAAAGGCAUGGUAUUUGUUUAGCUUUUGUGAAUGUGAUCCCAGAAACCAUGAAGAUAUACAUGACAAGGGGUAAUAUGUAUGAUAAACAAAUUAUGACAUCUUCAGCAAAGGUUGUUAUCAUUUAUGGUGAAAUGAACUCUACACUAGAAAUUAGCUUUAGAAGAUGGGUAUAUUUAGGUGCUCAGAGGAUCUGGAUCACAACCUCACAAUGGGAUGUUAUCACAAAUAAAAAAGAUUUCAGCCUUGAUCUCUUCCAUGGUACUGUCACUUUUGCACACCACAAAGGUUGGAUUGCUAAAUUUAAGAAUUUUAUGCAAACAAUGAACACUUCCAAAUACCCAAUAAGCAUUUCUGAGUCAAUACUGAGGUGGAAUUAUCUUAAUUGUUCAGUCUCUAAGAACAGCAUUAAAAUGGAUCAUUUCACAUGCAAAAACCCAUUAGAAUUGACAGCACUGCACAACUAUGAUAUGGCCCUGAGUGAUGAAGGUUACAAUUUGUAUAAUGCUGUUUAUGCUGUGGCCCACACUUACCAUGAACACAUUCUUCAACAAGUAGAGUCUCAAAAAAUGGUGGAAGACAAAGGAAAGUACACAGAAUGUCAGCAGUUGGCUCCCUUGCUGAAAACUAGAGUAUUUACUAAUCCUGUUGGAGAACUGGUGGAUAUGAAUCAUAGGGAAUAUCAGUGUGCAGAGUAUGACAUUUUCAUCAUUUGGAAUUUUCCACAAGGCCUUGGAUUAAAAGUGAAAAUAGGAAGCUAUUUUCCUUGUUUCCCACAGAGUCAACAACUUCAUAUAUCUGAAGAUUUGGAAUGGGCCACAGGAGGAACAUCAGUACCCUCCUCAAUGUGCAGUGUGACAUGUACUGCUGGAUUCAGGAAAAUUCAUCAGAAAGAAACAGCAGACUGCUGCUUUGAUUGUGUUCAGUGCCCAGAAAAUGAGGUUUCCAAUGAAACAGAUAUGGAACAGUGUGUGAGGUGUCCAGACGAUAAAUAUGCCAACAUAGAGCAAACUCACUGCCUCCAAAGAGCUGUGUCAUUUCUGGCUUAUGAAGAUCCAUUGGGGAUGGCUCUGGGCUGCAUGGCACUGUCCUUCACAGCCAUCACAAUUCUAGUACUAGUCACUUUUGUGAAGUACAAGGAUACUCCCAUUGUGAAGGCCAAUAACUGCAUUCUCAGCUACAUUCUGCUGAUUUCUCUAGUCUUCUGCUUUCUCUGCUCAUUGCUCUUCAUUGGACAUCCCAACCAGGUCACCUGCAUCCUGCAGCAGACCACAUUUGGACUAUUUUUCACUGUGGCUGUUUCUACAGUGUUGGCCAAAACAAUAACUGUGGUCAUGGCUUUCAAGCUCACUACUCCAGGAAGAAGGAUGAGAGGGAUGAUGAUGAUGACAGGGGCACCUAAGUUGGUCAUUCCCAUUUGUACCCUAAUCCAACUUGUUCUCUGUGGAAUCUGGUUGUUAACAUCUCCUCCCUUUAUUGAAAGAGAUAUACAAUCUGAACAUGGGAAGACUGUCAUUUUUUGCAACACAGGCUCUGUCCUUUCCUUCCAUGUUGUCCUGGGAUACUUGGGUUCCUUGGCUCUGGGGAGCUUCACUGUGGCUUUCCUGGCUAGGAACCUUCCUGACAGAUUCAAUGAAGCCAAGUUCCUAACUUUCAGCAUGCUGGUGUUCUGCAGUGUCUGGAUCACCUUCCUUCCUGUCUACCACAGCACCAGGGGGAAGGUCAUGGUGGUUGUGGAGGUCUUUUCCAUCUUGGCUUCUAGUGCAGGGUUGCUAGGGUGUAUCUUUGUCCCAAAGUGUUAUGUUAUUUUAGUUAGACCAGACUCACAUUUUAUACAGAAGUACAAAGGUAAAUUGCAUUAUUGAAACUUUCAUACUAUGAAAAUGUUAGAUGAUAGUCAACAUAUCUUUUUCUUUGUCCUAACAAAAGAAGUACCUAAUCAUAUAAAACUUUUUAGUAAUAUACAAAUUUGAACUUACAAACAGGACAGCACUGUCCAUUGUUAUACUAAGUACCAAAGUUUGGUGGAAAAUGGUUUUAUUCAUAAGUACACAAACCUGAAGUAUUGAUAUCCAGGAAUCUCAAUUGAGGAAUGGCUCACAUAAUUUUCACCUGUGGUUUUGUCUGUAAGCCAUGUACUUAAUUAAUGAUUAAUAUAUUCUGACCCUACUGACUGUAGACAGUAGCACCACUAAGCAAGUUUUUCAAUGAGGUAUAUGAAAAAAGAUUGUAGAUAGGAUGAACAUAAAGCCAGUAAUCAGCAUUUUUUUCAUGGACUUUGACAGAGUUCCUACAUCCAUGUUCUUGUCUUGGCUUCUUUCAGUUAACUGUGAUGAA